AUGAGGGUCGCACAUGAACAUACCGCCUUGGUAUGGGCCUUAUCUCUCCUCGUGAGGCAGGCCACAGCGACUUACUGGAUUAAUCAACUUGAUAACUACUCAUCACUGCCUGUCUGCGCCGAAGGUCCCAUCAGUACCAUCGUGAGGGGCAUGGUAAAAGGAUGCGGUGAUGGGGGACGCGCCACUUCGUACAGCUGCUUUUGCACACAGAGCUCGUCAGCAUUCAAGGAUCUGAUCGCCUCAUCUGUUGAAAAAGAAUGUAGCGGAACUGGAUCGGAAGUCGUCAGUGCGACGGUACUCUUUGAGGAGUACUGCUCCCUAGGUAUCAAGCAGACUUCAGCGACUACAACAGGCUCGGAUGCCACUACAUCAACCAGCGAUGGUAAUUCAUCCAAGACCAACACCGUGGCAACAUCUACAUCAGCUUCACAGACAGAGAGUAAUUCUUCUGCAUCCACAACUGCAUCCGCAUCCGUAACCACAAAUACUUCAACUAUCAACAGUGCCCCAUCGACUACUGCUUCCUCUAUCACCGAGUCGACUUCAACCGCCGAAACGAGCGACGCGGGCGCUUCUUCAAGCUCUAGUGCCAGCAUCGCAACUGGAGCGAAAGUUGCCAUCGGCAUCUGCAUCCCCCUAGCUGUAAUCGCUAUUGCAGCGGCUAUUUUCAUGUUCUUCCGAAGGCGCCGCGAGACCAAGCCGAACGACCCAUACGGAGGAGUUAGACUGGAAAGCCGAGAGGAGGUUCAAGUACACCCCAAAUCAGCUUCGGAGCUUGAUGGCUCCUCCUACCCGCCUUAUGAGUUCCCUCUGCAUUCAACCUCAACCCCUCGAUUUCCCCCACCGCAGGAGCCGAAAACAGUCUACGAGAAGGAUGGAACAUCUACCAAGUUUGAGCUUGAAUAA